GAGCCGCGCGGCAGCCGCGGUCUCGCGCGGCCCGGCCCGGCCCGUCCCGCCCCCGGGUCCCUGGGCCGGCGGCGGCGCCGCUCCCGCUGCGGCGGCCCCGAAAUGGCUCUGCUCUGCGAAGAGGCGAUGCAGUAGAUGUGCUGCUUAGUCAUGGCAUCAGAACUGUGUAAAACAAUCUCUGAGGCAAAGCUGGAGAGGCACAAGAACUUGUUCUUGAAUUACAGAAAUCUCCAUCACUUCCCUCUGGAGUUACUGAAAGAUGAGGGGCUGCAGUACCUGGAGAGACUUUACAUGAAAAGAAAUUCCCUGACCACAUUGCCAGAAAACCUUGCUCAGAAGCUCCCAAACCUCGUGGAAUUGUACCUUCAUUCAAAUAACAUAGUUGUUGUACCUGAAGCCAUUGGCUCCCUGGUUAAGCUGCAGUUUCUGGACCUGAGUGACAAUGCCCUGGAGAUCGUGUGCCCGGAGAUCGGCCGCCUGCGCUCCCUGCGGCACCUUCGCCUGGCAAACAACCAGCUGAAAUAUUUACCUGCAGAGGUCGGAGACCUGCGGGAGCUGCAGACCCUGGACAUCUCCACCAACCGCCUGAUGACGUUACCCGAGAGGCUGCACAUGUGCCUUUCCCUGCAGUACCUGACUGCAGACAGGAACCACCUGUGGUCUGUGCCCCGCCACCUGUGCCAGCUGCCCAGCCUCAACGAGCUCUCCAUGGCUGGCAACCGCCUGGCCUUCCUGCCCCUCGAUUUAGGUCGUUCUCGAGAGCUCCAGUAUGUUUAUGUGGAUAACAACAUUCACCUGAAAGGCCUCCCAUCUUAUCUGUAUAAUAAAGUCAUUGGUUGCAGUGGUUGUGGUUCUCCAAUUCAAGUUUCAGAGGUGAAACUGCUCUCUUUUUCAUCAGGCCAGUUAACUGUGUUCCUGCCAGCAGAGGUGAAAUCUAUAGGGACAGAAACAGAUCAUGUCCUGCCUUUGCAAGAACUGGCCAUGAGGACCCUCUAUAACACCUACUACAGGUUUUUGAAAGAUUUAAACUUUCUGACUCCAAUCUCACUACCCAAAAGCCUCUUGGAAUUGCUGCACUGUCCCUUGGGACACUGCCACCGCUGCAGCCAGCCUAUGUUUACCAUUGUCUACCCAAAGCUCUUUCCCUUGAGGGAAACUCCAAUGGCAGGAUUGCAUCAAGGGAGGACAACUGUUAGUUUUGUGGCAUACUGCUGCUCCACCCAGUGUCUGCAGACUUUUGACCUACUGAGUUGAUAAACAUUUCAACCUCCUCAGGAGUGGUGCCAGUGUAAAGCUGCGUUCGAUGCCGUGUCCCUGUGGUACUGGAAUACCGUGUGUGCUUGUGCCAAAGCAGCAGAAGUGCCCAGUCAGGAACACUCUGAGGCACUUAAAUCCUGCCCUAUCAAAUCUGGAUGAACUGCAGGAACUUUUCAGAAGUGUAAAUACCGAGCUUUUAAAAGUAUUAAUUUCUUUCUCCUCCAAGGCAGCACACAAACCAAACACAUUCACAGGCUCUGACUUCAGGAUUUCCAGUAUUUUUCAAAUGUGCCUGAUUUCAGGUUGACCCAUUGCAUCAUUUGAGGCAGUUGCAUUCCUCUAACUGGAAAAAGAAAAGUUCAGUUAUGGCAAACAAAUUUUGACUUAUUCAUCCCUAUCCUCUUCCCCUGUACAGCUGCAAUCAGGUGUAUUGAUGUAAGCCUGCAGAAACCUUUGAUGGAUCCCAGUGACUUUUCCAUAGAAUUCAGCCUUACUUUCUCUCUCUCAUCUUAAUGUUUACUGCAGCAGAGUUAUCCCAGUUGUAUACCAAGUCUUUGACAGUUCUCUGUGGUAUUUAAAUCCACAUGCUAAAAGCAGAUCUUUCUUUCUAGUAUCAUUAAAUACCACAGUUAUUUAAUGGGAGUAACUAGGAUAUGUCUGGAGACUGAAGAUCCUGUUUCAGUGAAGGCUGGUACUGAUGCCUACACUAAGGACUCUUGCUCCAGCAUGUUUGAGGGUGUGUUGUCUUUAUUUUCAUUGCUUUAUUUUUAGAAAUAGUUCUCCUUUUGUUCCAUGGAAUUCUUCAGGAAGAAGACAACUUUAAGUAUCAAUUUCCCUUGGAAAAAAUCCAACUAGUAAUAUGAUAGUAAACCUUUAUAUUUAUUGUAUUUUUACAGUUGCAGGCUAUAGAUCUGCAAAGAGCUGGUCUUGAUCUUUUUCUAGAUUCAGCAUUUGGCUGAUUUGUCCAAGUGUGUCAGUGGAUUGUGUGCCUUGGAGAAGGCUGGAAGUCCAGGAGCAGGUGUGUAUCUCCAUGCACAGGUAUAUUUGCACACAUGGAUACCUGCACAGAAGGGCUGGGACAUUUGUUUUUAUACAUUAAUGGCAGAUUUGGUGCAAAUUGCCACUCACUAUCAUAUUUGUGGGAAUCUCUUUUUGUUACAUCUUGUUUAUUUUAAAUAAAGAAUGAAGGAUGGAAAAAAGGCCCAAAAUGCCUACGUGACUAAACAUUUUGAUUUUAUACUAAAACAGUUUAUACAUGAUCGGCCCCUUUUGAUUUGUUUUUGAAUAUAUAAUAUUUUUUAAAUAUAAUUUGUUCUUCUUUUUUUUACUUUCUAUUUCUUAGGUAUAAACCACUUGUUGAUUUAGCACAGUGUGCUGCUUUGUGCAGUAGGUAGUUACAAGCUGAAAUAGAUAUGAAUGAAACAGUUUGUUAUAAAAAUGGCAAGAUAAAGAGACUUAUUUGGUAGUGUAUUAGCAUAUGUUGUGGUGAGGUGUGCGUACUUUGAAGGCAGGAGGCAUUAAAAUGUUUUCCUGUUGCCAAAGAAGCAUUUGUUCCCUCUGCAGGCUUCCUGGCAUCUCUUCAAUAAAUAGAGUAUCUUAAGAGCUUAAAAGAGUACCAGAAAGGCAGUUUUGAGGGUGGAAUUUUUAGGUUGUGCAUGUAACUUGUAAAAAUCUUUCCUGGUUUUAUUGGGUUGGUUUUAGAGAGUUGAAGUAGCAUUAAGAAAUGUAGAACUUAAUCAUUCAGGAAUGCAAGUAUCAUCUACUGCUUAAGAAUUGUGAAACUUUCUAAAAUAAAUCCAUUUAUUGAAUCUGCUUUGCAGUAGGGGAAAGAGCCAUCUCCAAGCAGCCUUGGUGCUUUUGGAUUUCUGUCUGUGUCGUUUCCCAGGUUUGUUUCCAUGCUGGAAUCCCAGCAGGCCCAGCCACCCCACAGGGUUCACUGCUGAGGCAGCAAAAUCCACCUUCAGCUUUAUCCUUUUCCUUCAGUACCUCAGAGCUGAGAUGUAACCUGCCCGUGUACAAUUAUAUCUGUAUCAGAAAUGUGCAAGUGUAGGACAGAAUCCACUUUUGUAAAAACAGAUGCUAAAAGCUAUGGUAGUGUUACAGAUGUUAAUUUUUAUACAAUACUCUGAUCGGGAUUUUUCAGUAUUAAUUUUUACUGUGGCUUCCUCUGUCUUUGAAGGAGAUGUUUUCUUGGAAGUUUUUGUCCUCUUUUUAUAGCAAGUUGUAGACUUGAAAUCACAGUUUAUAUCUGAAUUCAGUCUGUAAAUACUAUUUUGGAGUUAAAUCUGGCUGUGAUCACCUAAAAGACAUCAGCAUUUGUUUUAUUAGGAGUCAAGAAGAGUGAAGCUUGAUUUUAUUAUUAUAACUAUUUAUUAUUUUUUCUUCUUCCCAUAAUCUAAUUAUUUCUUAUUGAGUCUGCAUCAGUCUCUUUAUUAUUGUCUCCAAGUGCAGUUCAGAAGAAACUUAGCCUGUUCUAUAAGCAGGAUGAAUCUUAACUAACACUUUAAUAGAUGAUAUUUCAAGAAUGGAAUGUUCAAUAAAUAAAUGACUUAAACAUGCAAUUGAAGCUGAAAUGUCAUACCCUAUUUUUAUAAAACAAAGAAGGGGAAAGCCAAUAUAUAGACUGAGAAUGCAGCUUAAGUUCAUGUUUGAUGUUUUGGGGUUUUUUUUGUAUGAACAGUGUUUGUAUUCAUCUGUAUCUUUGGGUGAUAUUCUUCUAGAUUAAAAUAACUCCAUUCUCA